CCAGGCACCAGGUGUUCAGGAACCUGCUGCGCCCUUCACUAUAUGUCUGCCCUUUCCAAGGUAAGGGAACAGCGAAGCAUCUUGGGUUCUUACUUUGUGUAUCAGUGGAAUAAAACUUCUGUUUUUAAAACAUCUUGUUACGUAUAACACUUGUGAUUAGUGGGUCUGGUUCUGAGUUUAUUGUCGUAGCUGGAAAAGAAAGCUUUCAGAAGCAGCACACAGAGCUUGUACUGAGGCAAAGCUCAUCACGGGUGAUAAUUUGACAUUUUUCACAGAAUUCUUGUUAACCCUGAUUGGAUCUUUUAAGCAAAACAGCCUGGCUGAUGAGAAGUUAGUCUGGGAUGAUGGCUCCCGUGUCUUCGGCCCUUAUGGGGACAUCUGGGGGCCAGGGGGUGGUGGCACAGGGACAAGGGUCCCCUCCCCCUUCCCCUCCUGAGACCCGCGACUGUCUGUGUGGGAAGAUUUGGCAACGUCUCGACCUUUUCCGAUGUUUUUUUGGGUAAAAACACCUGUUGUUCCAGUAGUUCCUUAGAUCCUCACGCGUGUCCGGCACGUCACCAUGAGCCCCUCCUUGGGCUUGGAGGGUCCGCCCCUGCCCCCCUCCGCCUCUGGGGACUCUUUUCUUUUGCUGGGGGGGGGGGGGGACUCUUUUUCAGCACAGGACAUUGCAGAGCAGCACGGCAUCCUCCGCACACUUUGAUGAUCCAGCGUCCACAGGGAACCGCGUCUGGUGGCCGCAGCCUCGCCAGGGCCCAUCUGGGAGGAGCAGGGGACCGCUCGGCACACCUUGACAUCUCCUGGCCUCGUGAGGGUCCCCACGUUUUGCCAGCCGUGGGGUUGCCGGUGCAGGUGACUGGCCAGCUUCACACGGCGCUGCUCCCUGAGAUUGUACUUGGGGAGAAUAUUGAUGGUCUCGGAGCAUCCUUUCUCAAAUCGAGAGUGAGGAGGAAGAGGAGGCUUUUCGAGUUGCAGGACGGUUGAUGACGAAGCGAUGAUGGCGGUAUAAAUGAAGAUCGGGUGAGGGGAGAAGAACGAUGCCCAAGGGCGGGUGUUCUAGAACACCACAGCACGAAGACUUUUCCCUCAGCAACGACAUGGUGGAGAAACAAACGGGGAAAAAGGAUAAAGAUAAAGUUUCUCUGACCAAGACCCCAAAGCUGGACCGCAGCGAUGGAGGGAAGGAGGUGAGGGAGCGAGCAACCAAGCGGAAGCUGCCCUUCACUGUGGGGGCCAAUGGAGAGCAGAAGGACUCGGACACAGAGAAGCAGGGUCCUGAGCGCAAGAGGAUUAAGAAGGAGCCCGUCACCCGGAAGGCCGGGCUGCUGUUUGGCAUGGGGCUGUCUGGGAUCCGAGCCGGCUACCCCCUCUCCGAGCGCCAGCAGGUGGCUCUCCUCAUGCAGAUGACUGCCGAGGAGUCCGCCAACAGCCCAGUAGACACGACACCAAAGCACCCCUCCCAGUCGACAGUGUGUCAGAAGGGGACGCCGAACUCCGCCUCGAAAACCAAAGACAAAGUGAACAAGCGGAACGAGCGCGGAGAGACCCGCCUGCACCGCGCGGCCAUCCGCGGGGACGCCCGGCGCAUCAAGGAGCUCAUCGGCGAGGGCGCGGACGUCAACGUCAAGGACUUUGCAGGCUGGACAGCGCUGCACGAGGCGUGUAACCGGGGCUACUACGACGUCGCCAAGCAGCUGCUGGCCGCGGGGGCAGAGGUGAACACCAAGGGCCUAGACGACGACACCCCCCUGCACGACGCCGCGAACAACGGGCACUACAAGGUGGUGAAGCUGUUGUUGCGGUAUGGCGGGAACCCUCAGCAAAGCAACAGAAAAGGCGAGACGCCGCUGAAGGUGGCCAACUCCCCGACCAUGGUGAAUCUCCUGUUGGGCAAGGGGACCUACACGUCCAGCGAGGAGAGCUCGACCGCAGAGAGCUCAGAGGAGGAAGACGCCCCAUCGUUCGCACCUUCUAGUUCAGUUGACGGCAAUAACACAGACUCUGAAUUUGAAAAAGGCCUGAAGCACAAGGCUAAGAAUCCAGAGCCCCAGAAAACUGUGACCCCCGUCAAGGAUGAGUACGAGUUUGACGAGGACGACGAGCAGGACAGAGUCCCUCCGGUGGACGACAAACACUUACUGAAAAAGGAUUACAGAAAAGAAACUAAAUCAAAUAGUUUUAUUUCUAUACCCAAAAUGGAAGUGAAAAGUUACACUAAAAAUAACACGAUUGCACCAAAGAAGGCGGCUCAUCGCAUCCUGUCAGACACGUCAGACGAGGAGGACGUUGGUGUCACUGUGGGGACAGGAGAGAAGCUGAGGCUCUCGGCACACACGAUACUGCCCGGCAACAAAACGCGGGAACCUUCCAAUUCCAAGCAGCAGAAAGAGAAAAAUAAAGUGAAAAAGAAGCGAAAGAAGGAGACAAAAGGCAAGGAAGUGCGGUUUGGCAAAAGGAAUGACAAGUUCUGCUCCUCCGAGUCGGAGAGCGAGUCCUCGGAGAGCGGGGAGGACGACGGGGACUCGGUGGGGAGCUCUGGCUGCCUCAAGGAGUCCCCGCUGGUGCUGAAGGACCCGUCCCUGUUCGGCUCUCUGUCCGCCUCCUCCACCUCGUCUCACGGGAGCUCUGCCGCCCAGAAGCAUAACCCCGGCCACGCGGACCAGCACGCCAGGCCCUGGCGGACGGACAGUUGGAAAAGCAUCUCUUCUCCCGCCUGGUCAGAGGCCAGCUCUUUAUCAGACUCCACAAGGACGAGACUGACGAGCGAGUCUGACUGCCCCUCCGAGGGCUCCAGCGUGGAGUCGCUGAAGCCCAUGAGGAAGAAGCAGGAGCACAGGAAGCGGGGCGGCCUGCAGAGCACGCUGUCGGAGAAGAAGAACUCUUUCCACGCCAGCGUGGACGGCGCCAUUCCCAAGCUGGACAAGGAGGGCAAGGUCGUCAAGAAACACAAAACAAAACACAAACACAGAAACAAGGAGAAAGGGCUGUGCUCCGUCGGUCAGGAGCUCAAGUUGAAAAGUUUCACUUACGAGUAUGAGGACUCCAAGCAGCGGCCGGAGAAGGCCAUACUUCUGGACGGCGACGUUCCCAGUGAGGGCAAGCUGAAGGCCUUGAAGCACGACCGGGACCACUUCAGGAAGGAAGAGCGGCUCGGCAAGGUGAAGUCGGAAGACAGGGAAUGGCUCUUCAAAGAGGAGGUGGUCAAGGUUUCCAAAGACGAGAAGGCCCUGAAGAGACUCAAAGAUGUGAGCAGGUCUUUCCGAGAAGAGAAAGACCGUGGGAGUAAAGCAGAAAAAGAGAAACUGGUGAAGGAAAAGUCUCCCAAAGAGGAACGACUGAGGCUCUACAAAGAGGAAAGAAAGAAAAAGUCCAAAGACAGGCCCGCCAAGCUAGAGAAGAAGAAUGAUUGUAAGGAGGACAGGAUUCCAAAGGAGAAGGAGAAGGCUUUCAAAGAAGAAAAAGACAAACUGAAAAAAGAAAAAGUCUACAGGGAAGACUCUUCCGCUUUCGAUGAAUAUUGUAACAAGAGUCAGUUUCUGGAGAACGAAGACACCAAAUUCAGCCUUUCUGACGACCAGCAGGAUCGGUGGUUCUCGGACUUGUCCGAUUCGUCCUUUGAUUUCAAAGGGGACGACAGUUGGGAUUCUCCAGUGACAGACUACAGGGAUGUUAAAAGUGACCCCGUGGCCAGACUGAUCCUGGAGACCGUGAAGGAGGACAGCAAGGAAAAGAAGCGGGAGAGCAAGGGCCGUGAGAAGAGGGACUACGGGGACAGGCGCAGCGACAGGGACGCCUUCUUCCGGAAGAAGGACAGAGACUGUCUGGACAAGAGCUCCGAGAGGAGGAAGGAGCAGGCAGACAAGCAUAAGGGCAUCCCCGGCUGCCUUCCCGACAAGGACAAAAAGCGGAGGGAGUCCGCCGAGGGCGGGCGGGACAGGAAGGACGCCCUCGAGGCCGCCAAGGAGCGGAAGGAUGGCAGGCCCAAGCCCGAGGAGGCCCACCGGGAGGAGCCGAAGGAGCUGGCUGGCGAGGCCGGCUUCAAGGACAGGCCCGACUGUGACUUUGGGAAGGGCCCCGAGCCCUGGGAGAGGCUCCAUGCAGCAAGAGACAAGGAGAAGAAGGAAAGGGGGAAAUUAGAGAAAUACAAAGAUAAGUCCGGUGACAGAGAUAAAAGCGAAAAGUCUGUCCUCGAGAAAUGUCAGAAGGACAAGGAGUUUGAUAAAUGCUUUAAAGAGAAGAAGGAUCCCAAGGAGAAGCAUAAGGACAAGGAGAGAAAGGCGUCUCUUGACCAGGCGAAAGAAAAGAGGGAGAAGAAUUUCCCUGGACUUCUCUCCGAGGACUUCCCUGAAAAGAAAGACGAGAAGAAGGGUAAAGAGAAGAGCUGGUACAUCGCCGACAUAUUCACAGACGAAAGCGAGGACGAGAAGGACGAGUUCGCGGCCAGCGGGCUCCGACUCGGGGACGCCGGGGACGCGCCGCGGGCGGACGGCCCCCAGGACACCGACCGGCACCGGAAGCACUCUGCCGACCGGCAGCACUCGGAGAAGCAGAAAGAUCGAGAGCUCCGAGAAAAGAAAAAGGAGAAGGGAGCCGCGGAAGGGGCGAAAGACAAGAAAGAAAAGGUCCUGGAGAAGCACAAGGACAAGAAGGACAAAGAGGGUGCGGACAAGUACAAGGACAGGAAGGACCGCACCUCGGCCGACCCCACCCAGGAAAAGAAGAACAAGCAGAAGCCUCCCGAGAAGCUGGAGCGGAAGCCCUCCGCAGAGGACAAGGCCAGGAGCAGGCACCGCGAGAGGCCGGACCGGGAGCACUGCCGGGACAGGAAGGUGUCGAGGAGCUCCGAGGCGGAGAAGAGCCUGCUGGAGAGGCUGGAGGAGGAGGCCCUGCACGCGUACCGGGAGGACUCCAACGACAAGGCCAGCGAGGUGUCCUCGGACAGCUUCACCGACCGCGGGCAGGAGCCCGGCCUGAGCGCCCUCCUAGAGGUGUCCUUCACGGAGCCCCCGGAGGAGAAGGUCAAGGAGAGAGAAAGGCACAGACACUCUUCGUCCUCGUCCAAGAAAAGCCACGAUCGGGAGAGAGUCCGGAAAGACAAGUGUGAGAAGAGAGACAAGAGCGACGAUUACAAGGACACGGGCAGCAGGAAGGACCCCGGCCAGUACGACAAGGACUUCUCGGACGCCGACGCUUACGGGAUCCCUUACGGCGCCAAAGCGGACGUAGAGGACGAGCUAGACAAAACCAUCGAGUUGUUCGCCGCUGAAAAGAAAGAUAAAAAUGAUUCCGAGAGAGAGCCUUCCAAGAAAGCGGACAAGGAGCUGAAGCCUUAUGGCUGUGGCGCCGCCGGUGCCCUCAAGGACAAGAGGCGGCGGGAGAGGCACCGCGAGAGGUGGCGGGACGAGCGGGAGAAGCACAGGGACAGGCACAGCGACGGGCCCCCGCGGCACCACAAGGACGAGCAGAAGCCCGCAGCCAGAGACAAGGACAACCCUCCAAACGCACUCAGAGACAAGUCCCGGGACGAGAGCCUGAAGCUCAGCGAGACCAAACCGAAGGAGAAGUUCAAGGAAAACCCGGAGAAGGAAAAGGGUGACUCGGUGAAGGUCGGCAACGGCAACGAGAAGCCGCCGGCAGCCAGAGACCAGGGCAAGAGAGAUGCCCGGCCCAGAGAGAAGCUUCUGGGCGACGGCGACCUGAUGAUGACCAGCUUCGAGCGCAUGCUGUCCCAGAAGGACCUGGAGGUCGAGGAGCGGCACAAGCGGCACAAGGAGAGGAUGAAGCAGAUGGAGAAGAUGAGGCACCGGUCCGGAGACCCGAAGCUCAAGGACAGGGCGAAGCCCGCUGAGGACGCGCGCAAGAAGGGCCUGGACGUGCCCGCACGGAGGCCGCUGGUGCCGGACCCCGCCCCGAAGGACAAGAGGCCCAAGGAGCCCGCUCUGGCCCCGCCGGCCGCCGACGGCAAGCCCCCCCUGGGGCCGGCCGGGGACGCCAGGGACUGGCUGGCCGGGCCGCACGCGAAAGAGGCGCUGCCCGCCUCCCCGAGGCCGGACCAGGGCCGGCCCACCGGGGUCCCCACGCCCGCGUCCGUGGUGUCGUGCCCCAGCUACGAGGAGGCCAUGCACACGCCCAGGACCCCGUCCUGCAGCGCGGACGACUACUCCGACCUCAUUUUCGACUGCGCUGACCCCCAGCCCGUCUCCAGCACGUCCGCCAGCGCCUGCUCCCCCUCUUUUUUCGACAGGUUCUCUGUGGCAGCGAGUGGGAUUUCGGAAACCGCGAGCCAGACGCCUACGAGGCCGCUGUGCACGAGCCUGUACCGUUCGGUGUCUGUCGAUAUCCGGAGGACCCCCGAGGAAGAAUUCAGCACUGGGGACAAGCUGUUCAGACAGCAGAGCGUCCCCACCGCGUCCACUUAUGGCUCGCCAGGGCAGCGCCUGGAGGACAAGGCCCCUGUGCCCCCAGGUCCUGCCGAGAAGUUCGCCUGCUUGUCCCCGGGGUACUACUCCCCGGACUAUGGCAUCCCCUCCCCCAAAGCGGACGCUCUGCACUGCCCGCCUGCGGCUGUGGUCAAUGUCACCCCCUCCCCAGAGGGUGCUUUCUCUGGUUUACAAGCGAAGUCCCCCGCUUCGCACAGAGAUGAGCUGUUGGCCCCGUCCAUGGAGGGGGCCCUUCCGCCUGACUUGGGCAUCCCCCUGGAUGCCACGGAGGACCAGCAGGCCACUGCCGCCAUCAUCCCCCCGGAGCCCAGCUACCUGGAGCCGCUGGACGAGGGCCCCUUCAGCACGGUCAUCACAGAGGACCCCGUCGAGUGGGCGCACCCAGCUGCCUCGGAGCAGGCCCUGUCCUGCAGCCUGAUGGGGGGCGCCCCCGAGAACCCCGUCAGCUGGCCUGUGGGGCCGGACCUCCUGCUUAAGUCCCCACAGCGCCUCCCAGAGUCCCCGCAGCAUUUCUGCCCCACUGAGGCCCUCCACCCCGCUGCCCCGGGGCCGUUCGGCGCCCCAGAGCCCCCUUACCCAGGCUCCCCUGACUCAUACCCUCUGUCGGCCACCGAGCCUGGACUUGAGGGCGCCAAAGGCGACGUGGUGGACACAGUCCCGGCCGCUGUGCCCGCCCCAGAAGAACCAGCCCCCUUUGCCCCUCCUUCCAGGCUGGAGCCCUUUUUCACCAACUGCAAACCGCUCCCUGACGCGCCCCCCGACGCGGCCCCGGAGCCUGCGUGUUUGGCCACCGUGACUCAGGUGGAGGCUCUGGCGCCCAUGGAGAGUAACUUCCUGGAAAAUGGGCACGACCUGUCGGCCCUCGGCCAGGUGGAAGCGGUGCCCUGGCCUGAUGGCUUCCCCAACUCCGAGGACGACUUAGACCUGGGGCCCUUCUCUCUGCCAGAGCUUCCUCUUCAAGCUAAAGACGUUUCUGAUGUCGAAACGGAACCAGUAGAAGAGACUCCCCUUGGCCCUCCGGAAAACACCCCCGCGGGGCCCCCCGUAGUCCCGAAUGGCGGGGAUGUCCCUGCAGCGGCUGCCGAGGAACAGCCCGCACUGCCUCCCGACCAGGCGGCUCCCCGGCUCCCCGCCGAGCCCGAGCCGGAGCCCCCCGAGGAGCCCAAGCCGGAUGUGAUGUUGGAGACCACGGUAGAGGCAGGGGUCACGUCAGAGGGGAGGGUCCCCCCCGAGGACUCGGACUCCAGCCUGGGGCCCGCACCGCCAGCCCCGGAGCGGCAUCCAGCGGGGAGCGGAGACGAGGAGGCCGAGGGCCGGGACCCCCCGGCCGCGUGCCACGGCACCCCCGACGCCGCUGUCGUUGCCGCCGCCGCCGCCGCCGCCGCGGAUGGCUCGGCACAGGCACACGUGGAGGACGGGGCCGGCCCGCUCGACGGGGCCGGCCCCGAGGGACCCGUGGGCGGCAUCCAGCCCGAAGCUUCAGAACCAGAACCCAAACCCGCGGUCGAAGCCCCGAAGGCGCCCAAGGUGGAGGAGAUCCCCCAGCGCAUGACGAGGAACCGGGCUCAGAUGCUGGCCAACCAGAGCAAGCAGAGCUCGCCGCCCGCCGACAAGGAGCCCGCCCCCGCCCCGCCCCCCCGCGCCAAGGGCCGCUGCUGCGAGGAGGACGACCCCCAGGCCCAGCACCCGCGCAAGCGCCGCUUCCAGCGCUCCGGCCAGCAGCUGCAGCAGCAGAUGAACACGUCCACGCAGCAGACGCGGGAGGUGAUCCAGCAGACGCUGGCCGCCAUCGUGGACGCCAUCAAGCUGGAUGACAUCGAGCCAUACCACAGCGACAGGUCCAACCCCUACUUCGAGUACUUGCAGAUCAGGAAGAAGAUCGAGGAGAAGCGGAAGAUUCUCUGCUACAUCACGCCGCAGGCGCCCCAGUGCUACGCCGAGUACGUCACCUACACGGGCUCCUACCUCCUGGACGGCAAGCCGCUCAGCAAGCUGCACAUCCCCGUGAUCGCGCCCCCUCCCUCCCUGGCGGAGCCCCUGAAAGAGCUGUUCAAGCAGCAGGAGGCCGUGAGGGGGAAGCUGCGGCUGCAGCACAGCAUCGAGCGGGAAAAGCUCAUAGUCUCCUGCGAGCAGGAGAUCCUGCGGGUUCACUGCCGGGCAGCGAGAACCAUCGCGAACCAGGCGGUGCCGUUCAGCGCCUGCACCAUGCUGCUGGACUCCGAGGUCUACAACAUGCCUCUGGAGAGUCAGCGUCCGCGCCUCUCCCCUCAGGGCGACGAGAACAAGUCCGUGCGCGACCGGUUCAAUGCGCGCCAGUUCAUCUCGUGGCUCCAGGACGUGGACGACAAGUACGACCGCAUGAAGGUGUGCGGGGAGCAGCUCCUGUCACCAGCUGGCGGUCAGACCUCUGUGGGACCCCACCUUGAGCCCUCCUCAAAGGUCACAGCACACACCCAUCACCACUGCUCUGGACGUGCUGACCAGUGCAGCAGCCAGAGAGCAUGGGUGGGAGCUAGAGAAAGAUUAGCAAACGUGUCUCCUGAUGCGGCAGCAGCACGAGGCCGCGGCCCUGAACGCCGUGCAGCGGAUGGAGUGGCAGCUGAAGGCCCAGGAGCUGGACCCCGCCGGGCACAAGGCGCUGUGUGUGCACGAGGUGCCCUCCUUCUACGUGCCCAUGGUCGACGUCAACGACGACUUCGUGCUUCUGCCGGCCUGACGCCCCGCGGGACGGCCACACGGGACACAGGCGAGGGCCGCACGCGUCUGCCCGGCGCCGCUGCCGAGUCCAGGCAGUGCAGGGAGACCUUGUCCCUCGGGCGGGGACGUCCAGGGAGAGACCCCGCACUUGGCCCCUCCCCCCGGGAGCUGCCGCGGGAGCACGAGGAGACGGCGGCCUCGGGGUCUGCUUUCCAGGCGGCUGCACGGGCAUUUCAGGAGCUGCAGAACGGACGUAUUUUUUACAAUUUCCUGUUCCAUUCUGAUCAACUAAAAGAAAGAAAAUUAAGGCGGCCACCCCUCACGGACAGUGACCUCCGGGUCGGAGGGCGGGGACGGGCUUCGGGCGGGCUGGGAUUCUGUGGCCGCGCGCAGGGCCGCCCGCCCGCUGCGGAGGGACACAGAGCCGGGACUCUCGGGUUGUGUUUUUAAUGGAGUCAAAUCCACGUGGUUUGUAUAUUUUUUCCUUUAAUCUUGGGCAUUUUGUUUCUCUUUCUGAGAACAUAACUUGAAACACUACAGAGCCAAUAAUCAUAUAAAAAGUGUACCCGUAAACGCUGUACAGUUUUAUACACAUUCACAAUGUACUUUUGCUGCCUUCUAGAUAAUUUAUUUUGCAACACAUUACUGCACAGUUGUAAAUAACUUAUGUACUGUAACAUCACUUCAGUUAUGUGUAAAGAAAUAAAUAAAUUAAUUAAAUGCUCUUUGUA